GAGGAACUGGGGACUCAACUGUUCAGGCUGCUUCCAUUCAAGUGUUCCAGACGGUGGAUACACAUCCAGAGAGACACUUCUGGCUCUUUGGAGUUGACAAGGAGCAGCAUCUGAAACUGCAAUCUGAAGCUAUACUCCAGAGUUGUUCCUGAACAAGUUGCCUGUCGGUGCAAGCUUCAAAAGGGAUACUUAAAUCGUGAAACCCAUUCAUCCCCUGAGUCAGUCAAGAAAAAUUAAUCUGUUGAAGAAUCUUGAGUCAAAUCUUCUGAGCCUAGAACUACUGCUGUCACCAAGUCUGAGACUUCCUCCAACUGAGAAUUAUCAGGUCUGACAACACUUUCCCUCCAGCCUACAGUGAGGGACGUCAGCAAAGCUGUAGAAAACUCACGUCCUCUAGACUUACAGCCCUCAAGCUGCGGCAGCUGGGCAGAAACCUUACAAGCUCCAUCCUUAGGGGAGAUUCAGAAAGAGACGACAGGUGAAAACUCAGAUAUGCUGAGCCUGAAAUACACAAAAACCUUUAGGAAGUCUCCUCACAGAAGAACCCAAUUAAAUCCACAAAAUUAAUGCAUACAUUUAGAUGAGCUGUAGGUAAAACAGAGCCAUUUGUCCCUCUACCAAAACACAGUAGAAGUCUGAUUUAAUACUCUGAGAGAUUCUUAGCCCCAUACCAGUAUUAUAAAGCAGUUUCAUCAUAUUUAUUUUAAUGAGUAUAAGAGCAGGACUGUGGAAAAUAAAAGAUUUAUAUUAUAUGUAUAUAUAUAUUUUUUAAAUGACUAAGAAUUUCUGAUAAAACCUACUCAGGAGAGGGUGCUGUGCUGGAGGACAGAGUGUGGCAAUUGCCAAAUUAGAACAUUACCAUUUUCUUGCUCGUGCACUACUGACUUGGCUCUGGUCGUGACUGCUUUGUAUGAGAUUGUUAGAACACCUCCAAUAUAUUCAGACAGUCUCAGUCACUGUGGAAUGCCUCAAGGGCAAUAGAAAUCAAAUAGAAACAGGUACCAACUCAUGUCUCAAGUGAUGACGGAGGUACAUUUCAAGUACCAUGGAAAUCUCACUGGGCGAGCCCAUUUCCCAACCUUGGCAACAGAGGUUGACACCACUUCAGAUAAGUAUUCCAACCUGUACAUGUAUGUGGGCUUAUUCCUGAGCCUCCUGGCCAUUCUCCUCAUCCUGCUCUUCACAAUGCUCCUUCGGCUCAAACACGUCAUCUCACCCAUCACAUCUGAGAGCACAGAAAGCGUUCCUCAAUUCACAGAUGUAGAGAUGCAGAGUCGAAUCCCCACUCCUUAAAGCCAGGAUGGAUAUGAGCUUUAGUGAAUCUCAGUGAACUGUUGUAUGUUGAUGUCCAGGAAAGCUUACUCUGUUGUACAUGGCUUCCCAUGUAGGGAAUCAACAAGUUGUUUAACCAGUCGGUUAUAUUUUUGUUGUGUUAUUCUUUAUCUUGAAUCUGCUGUGAAAUAUCUAAGAGGUUUUAAAACUCAUUCUUUGCCAGAAAUAUAGGAAACGGGCAGCUGGCCGGGAGGGCAGGUUUCCAUAGUAACCACAGAACACCUGGGCUCCAGCAAACCUCAGACCACAGAAAUUCGUAAGCAGCUACAUAAAAGAAAACAAAACAGGAUCCCUGGAAGCUCCAAGAACAAGGAAGAUUUGCCUUUGAAAGGGUUGAUUGAGGGCAUCCCAAGAAAAGGACAAGUUUGAACUUAGCACUUGGACUCUGUAAGAACCACCUCUGCUGACAUGAAGCUAUAUCGUGUGGCAGGUUAAUGAAGGGACCCAAGCCCUUUCUCAAACGUGCAGUGAUUUUUUCAUCAUCUAAGGCCAUCAGGCCUGUCCCAAAUGAAAGAAGAGAUUUUAAAAAAUUGUUUCAGUUUAAAAAUAGCAAAUUUGCAGAAAGAAUUUCUAGUCAACAAACUCAUCUAGAGAGGGUAAAAUGUGCAUUUUCUAUCUGCAUUAUUAUCGCUGUACUUCUAAAAAUUCAGAUAAUGACAGAUUUAUAAUGACAAUGUGGAAUGAGGAGCUUCCCCCAAACCAAGCAAAAAUUAAGUCAAAAUGUGCUCACAACAAUGAACCUUACAUUGUACGUGCAACCUCUUUGCCUUUUUCUCCCUCCCCAUCACACUCCAGGACUGAGUUGCACACAAAUACGAGCUCUGUUUAAAGGUGGCCUUGCCAAAGACGACUCCACUGUACUUUAAGGCAGAAAUUAAAUAAUUUUGGUAUUCUGUCAUUGGAUGAUUGUGGCUUUGGACAAAACAUUCAAGCCUUUGGGUGCCAGGUUUUUCUUUCUGAAAAAUGAUCAGAGAGCUAUUUAGUCAUCACUAGAUUCCUUUUAGAUCUGAGUGUAAGUAAAAAGAGAGACAAAGAAGGAAAGGACUAAACAACACCCUCCUAUAAAUCUUUACUGAGGAUCAGUGUCCUCAAAUGUCAUAUUUGUCUUUCCCAGAAAAUGCUCCUCCCUCCCUAGUCCCUGCCAAAAGAUAAAGUGUUUCCCUUAUUACCUAUAAGAGAAAUAUAUUUGGAAAAAUUCCAUUCUCAUAAGUAGCCCUAGUAUGCCAGUAGUGGAGAAAUAAUUUGAUUUUUAAAAAAUUAACGUUCUAAAAGGGAACCAAAGGAGAUGAGUAUUGUUUACAAAUUAGAAAUUAGAAGGCUGGUCAUAUUCUUGCCACCAAAGACCGAAUACACCUGUGCUAAAUUCCACCUGCAAAAAAAAUAAUCAGUUCUCCCUUGCACCUACAAGGUGGUCAACAAAUUUCACAGGGUACUCCCUCAGGAACUGCAGUGGUGGUGAGAGAGAAAUGGUAUGGCUGUUAGGUUAAUGCUACCUCCAGCAGACGUGCAGUGCAGUCUCCCUAGUCUGUUACCAAUUUAGAUUGGCCCCUUUACUCUGGUCUAAAUCUAGCUUGGUGGUGAAAUUCCCAAGUGCUUUCUACUUUUUUAUACACAGUCAUUUGCCAAUACUCCCCUCUCCAAGGGGCUGCAAACCGUGAAAUCCCCACAUGCAGAGCUAAACUUAGCAGCAAGCCUGACUCGCACACCUGUUACAACAGCACACUGUAAGAGAUGGCAGCAGCAUUCUGCACCAUUCAGGGAUGAUCAGCAGGUAGGCUAAGACUUGGAUAGGGCAUGCACUUCCCUUUUGGCAUUAUGUUUUCCGAAAUGCAAAGUGACUCUUACAUUAUUACAUUUGGUGGUUUAAGUUGUGUCUUUAUUCAACACCCGGUCUCUGUGCACCCUUUAAAAUCUUAGGUCUUGGCAGCCAUACAUGGACUUCAUCAAAGGCUGGCAAAAUAACCCCAGAACUCCUUAAAGACACACAUUUCCCCUUACUCCCGGCUCUCCCUUUUGUACUCACAGUAUUUGAAUGCACUUUACAGUUAAGAAAUCAGUGACUGGAUAAAUGAAGAAACUGAUGACCCUUUCAACAGCAGGGAAUAGCAAGGUACCCCAAUGCCUUGUUGCUGAACUUGAUGUGGAAUUCCCGGAAGAGACAGACUGAAAAUCUCUUCCCUGACCACCCGACCUGCCAAUCCAAAUUUCAGGAGUUUAACACUGCUCUUUAAUCACCAACUUGGAUGAAGAGCCCUAAUUUAUGAUUAGGUUUACUCAUCUGGAAAACAACCACCCUCUUUCAUCACAACUACCCCAUGGGAUCCAGAUCUUUAUUGAGCAUUAACUAAAGCACAUAGCACCAACUUCAGUAAAAUAGCAGCAUAACCCCCCCAAAAUUUCCAGUGAUAAUAUAAAU